AUGCCUCCAGCUCCACCAGCCACAGAUAAACCUUUGAUGCCGCAAGCAUCUACUACUGGAUUGGCGUAUCGACUCAAGAAUUCUACCAAUACACUAUUUCCUUCUUCGAGCACAGCUAGAGGAUCCAAGAGGUCUACCAAUAAGAUCAACUACGCGGAGGAUUUCGAAUAUGACUUUGAAGAGGACAACCCAAAAGAGGACGAGGAUUAUGUGGACGAUCGCACAGGAAACUUCUACGGGGGCUAUUUCAACUCACAACAAGUAAAUCUAUCGAAAUUCCAGGGCAAGCCUGCACCGACGAACAGGCAGAAGACUGUUUUCACGGAGUUUGCGCUGCUGACGAACCUAUCUGUAGCGGAACAGAAUGUCCCACUAAGAAUCAAGGUGGACACGAAUGGUGUUUCAGUGAGGGACCUCCUCAUAUGGAACAUAAACGAGAAGUUGAUAACUCCCGAGCUAUUUGCAUCAGUAAUGUGCGAAGAUUUGGAUCUUCCGAAGUCGGUGGAAAAUUCAUUGGUAAGCCAAAUUGAAGACCAACUAAAAGGGUAUCGGGAACUUAUGGCAACUCCAAUUCCUUUACUACAACAGGAGAAAGAAUUUCACGUUAUAUUGGAUCUUUCUAUAAACUUGGGUGAACAAUUCUAUUCGGAUAGAAUCGAGUGGAAUCUUUUGGAUAGUUUAGUGACACCAGAGAUGUUUGCGGAAAAUGUUGUGGAGGAUAUGGGUCUGUCACGAGAAUUCGUUAACGCUAUAGCCUUUUCAAUCUAUGAUGAGUUGAUGAAAAUUAGAAGAGAUCUCAUUGAGAACCCUCAGCAGAUUCCACAGUAUGCAGACUCUUUACCAUUCUACAAUCACGUUUAUCAGCCACCAGACACAGAUAAUUUUGCCAUGUUUAGACUUCAGGGAUUAAGGUACGAGUUGAAAAAGCAGGGUGAGGAGUUCAGUCCAAGAUUGGAGAAUCUAACAGAAUGGGAGAUCGAAAGAAGAGAAACCGAAAAGGAGAGAAACAUGAGAAGAAGAAAGAGAGAAACAUUGCGUAAAGUGGUGAGUGGAACUUUCGCUGGAGGAGAUAGGGCCCCAAAGAGACGGUACGAUGAAAUAGAAGGUACCUGGAAGAGUUAG